AUUCAAACAAAUAUCUAUGCAAAGCUUGAAAAUGAAAUAUAUCUUAAUAAAUGUUGUAAGUGGGGAGGCCAUAAAAUUUUGUUUAGAUAAAGAACAAAAAUUAGAUGAAAAAGUAAAUUACAAUUUGCAUAUCCACUAACUUAGUACCAAAUAAAGCAAAAAAAUAUAAUAGAAUAAAAAUCUCCUUCUUUAUGAAGUUAUUCCUUUCAUGUGACAAAAACAUUGUGCCUAUAAAUUUGGUAGUGAAACCUGGAUUCCCAUAACAUCAUUGGUGAACAUGGAAGCCAUUGGAGUUUUUGGACUAAAACUUGGAUCGACACUCUCCUUUUGUUGUCAAACCAAUUUAUUUUCAGCAUGCAAACUCUAUCGUUUUCCGGUAAUCUCAUAUCCUCGUAAGCAUGCACAUUUUGUUUCUUUGAAAGCGACGGCUAAUUCUCUGGCUUGUCAAGAUGAAGCAAAUAAUCGUAAUUUCAGAAAGCCUUUCCCUUCUACAUGGGAUCAUCAAUCCCUCGUUGCUAAUCUAGAUUUCUCACAAAUGGAUGCAUUGGGGAGAGAGAUAGAGGCACUAAAGCCACAAGUGAGGAACAUGUUCAUAUCUUCCAAAGGCAUUAAGAAGAAAAUUCUUUUUACCUAUUUGCUUGUGACACUUGGUCUUGCAUAUCAUUUCGAGGAUGAGAUCGUGGAGACUCUAAAAGAUGGUUUCCAAAAGAUAGAAGAGAUGAUGGCGGGUGAAGAUGAUUUGUACACUGUUUCAGUCAUUUUCUAUGUUUUCAGGACAUAUGGUUACAACAUUUCUUCUGAUGUUUUUGGGAGAUUCUUAGGGGACCAUGGAGAAUUUAAGGAAUGUCUUACAAGAGAUCCUAAGGGUAUUCUAAGCUUGUAUGAAGCUGCUCAUAUGGGGACGACUACAGAUUAUAUAUUGGAUGAAGCCUUAAACUUCACAUUAAGUAACUUGGAGUCGUUAAGUUGUACAUGCAAACCUAAUCUCUCAAGGCUUAUACGAAACUCUUUGGGUCUACCACAGCAUAAAAACAUGGAGAUAUUAGUGGCAGAGGAAUUUAUCCGGUUCUACGAAAAAGAAGAAGAUAGCGACCUGACGCUACUCAAGUUUUCCAAGCUUAACUUUAAAUUCCUCCAGCUACAUUACCUUCAAGAACUCAAAAUCCUUUCAAAAUGGUACAAGGAACAAGACUUUCACUCUAAGUUGCCACCUUACUACAGAGACGUACUCGUGGAAUUGAACCUCCAUACGCUAACAUACCUGGAGCCGAAACUUUCACGAGUGAGAAUUUUUCUGACUAAAUUUUACACGAUGCAAAUUAUCCUAGAUGAUACGUGCGACAAAUAUGCUUCCCUUCGGGAGGUCGAAAUCCUCGUCGAUAUCUUUGAAAGGUGGGAUCUCGAGGAUCAUGCCAUGGAUGGACUACCAGAUUAUUUGAAAUCAGUGGUUAAGUUUAUAUUUGGUACAUUCCAAGAAUUUGAAAGAGAAAUUGGGUCAGAGUUAGGAGGGCUUUACAGUUUGGAAGCUACAAUUGAAUAUUUCAAGAUAUAUAUGAGAAGCAACCUUCAACUCGCCAAAUGGGCAAGCGUGGAUCACUUGCCUAGCUUUGAGGAGUACCUAGACGUUGCUGGAAUCGAGAUUGCUGUAGAUUUUACUUUGGCAUGUGUUUUGAUGGCCAUGGAGAAUAUCUGCAAGGAAGAAGCUUAUGAGUGGUUGAAAUCUAGAGAAAAACUCGUUAGAGCAAUGACCACAAAAGCACGAGUACCUAAUGAUAUGUUUGGCUAUGAGGAUGACAUGAGCAAAGGAUAUCUGACGGGCUCGGUCAACUGUUAUAAGAAGCAAUAUGGAGUUACUGAAGAAGAAGCAUUCAGAAAGCUUCAUCAGUUGAUUGUAGAAGUUGAUAAGAUGAUGAAUGAGGAGAUUUUGAAGCCAAUCAAUGUGCCCCGCCAGGUUCUGAAGGUAGUCAUGAUCGACACUUUACGUGCAAUAAAUGUUGCCUACGAUAAACAAGAUGGAUUUACCCGUCCUGAUGGACAUCUCCAGCAUAUAACGUCUAUGUACGUUGAUCUUUGAGGACGUUGGUGUAUCCAACAUACUUGUGGUUUAUUAAGUAACUGGCGCGUACUUUAUUUUUCCUACAAUACUAUGUCCCGAUGGGUUGGUUUUCAAGAAAAGUAUUUGAAGACCAACAUAAAGUAUUUGAAGACCAACAUACUGUGGUUUUUUGUUGCUUUCCCUGUUUUUGGCUCUGUUUUGGUUUUAUAUUUCUUUCUGAUGCAGGGCAUCUUGUUUUCAUCUUUGACUUUGUUUCCAUCAUAGUCGAAACAUCUUUGCUUCUCUAUUUAUAAAUGUGAGAAUUAUCUUCUACAAAAAGUAAAACACACUAUAGCACAAAGGAAUCUUUUUCCAAGAAAUACAACUACUACAUUAGUUCUUUAAAUGCACUUAUAAUUUUUAUUUAAAAACAAUUGUUUAUCAAGUUCAAGACAAACCUUGAUCCUUUGAACUAGUCUCUUAUGUUUAAGAACUUGUACAAAGCCUCUUGAAUCACUCACGUUCCUAACUCCUUAGUGUUUUGUUUUGUCUUUUCACCAAAACUCUCUCAGCUAAAAUCUCUCUAAGUGUGUUGACGACACAUUCGAUGCCCACAUGCCUCCUUAUACUUAGAAGCAACCCUAUAACUAAAGACCUACAAAUCUUAAACCUUUCCUUUUGUGUUCUUCGCCAAUUAAGGCAAUCUUUCUUUUUCUUAAAAGGUGAUUACUUUUUCUUAAUGACUUCCCUUAAGCUGCUCCAAAGUAAAUCUUCCACUUCAUUCAUUUCCUCUGUCUAGUAGCUCAUGUCGCACUUCAUGAACUACUUCAUAUUUGCUCUGAUCAUACAUCUUAUAUCACCCCUUUUUUAAUUUGUGCGUCUCAAAAGUACCUAAGAUAAAGAUCUAAUCCAAACACACACACACACGAGUAUUCAACAGAAACAUGGCUAACAUCUAAUUAUUUUGAUUAUCCUAAAAAGUUUCAAGUAUUUACUACAUCUUAAUCAAAGACAACACAUAAAUGCUCGCCCAUAAACCGAGAUUGUCUGAAAAUAGGAUCAUAAAGAUUUCAACAAAAGAUGCAAUUGCAAAAGUAAAAUAUAAAAACAAAGAGAGACGAUUCCUCCUGCCCCCAACAAGAUUGCGUUUCAUCUCAGUCUUCUUCUUCUCUCCCUGCUUGUGAGCACACGAGUUGAAAACACAAACAUUGACAACUAAGUUCAUAAAAAUAGAAAAAAAAACUAACCUGCAGUUGAUCGAACCAGGUCUUGAACAAUACCAGUGAAAGUUUAGAGAGCCUUGGCCGUGCCCUGAUGAGUAUCCAACAGCUCUCCUGAGUCACAGUUCCCUACAGUACUUGGAUAGAACCAAGCUCGUAGUUGGACACCAUUUUAGGUCCUGAUCAAGAUCCUGAACCAGAUGGUGGAAGAAGAGGUGGUGGAGUUCGAGUUGACUGAGUAGAAGUUUUCCACCAGAAAUUUAUUUUCUUUCAUUUUGGCUUUGUUCUUGAUGUGUCCAUAGUUCUCACCUACUCGCUUGUCCUUCUUGUACCGCGUUGGACGAAAGUUUUUCUCUCCUGCCCUAGGUCAAGGCUGACAUUGCUUCUGAAGCAUUUCGGUGAAUAAAAAAAGAGGAAAGAUGAGCUAUCAAGAGUUGUUCUUCUGGAGAAUUCCCAAACUCGUAAUCUGCUUGUAGUUCAAACUCCCAACAUCAAACAGAAUUCCAUGCGCUAUUUGGUAGACCAGCCUUGCUCUAUCCACUGAGACAUGGUUUUGUAUGUAGUGAGAAUCCAGUUGUAGGUAGAAAUGAUGAUGAGAGCUCUAAAGCGUGGAGAACGAUCAGGCAUGACCUCUGAGUAAUACUGCAACUGCAUCAUUGUCUUAUUCAAGAUUUAUCCCCGCUUAUCAUACUCAUCUAAGUCCACAAAUCAUUCAUAAAUUACAUUUCGAGCUAGGUAUUAAUCAUACCUUUGUUUGAUUGCACCAUGUCAGCCAACUUUUUGGAGUGAACCCGGCUAGACACAAAGGUUUGUACAUGAAGAUACGGGGACUGAACCGCGUCAUAUGGCUGGAAAAGUGAGACUGCAUGUGCUUAGAGGUGGAUUCACUUCAUGCUCGCUUAGGAGGAGCUAAUCCCAGAUUUCUCAGAACCUUCUUCUUCUAGAAACACCUCAUUUGAUGAGGAAUCAAUUGAGACCACGUCGUCAACUUUAUCAUCUUCUUCUUUGUUUUCUUCAGAUCCUGGGAUCUGAGUCAGUUACCCAAUAUGAUCCUCUUAAAAUAUUAGUAUUCAAAAUGAUGAUCUUGAAAUUCAAAUUUGGUUUUAGGGUAGGCCAAACCGUUGGGCUAGAAUAUCUUGGCAACUACAUGAAUUAAAGAACCUCUAGUUUGUAAAUUGCAUAGAUUUCCAGGCAGCUUUUGAAGUGA